AAGUGUGGAAAAUAUAUGUCACUUCACUUUCAGGUUCAAACCUGCCCCUCCUCCCCCUUCACCCCCCUGUCUUUGCCCCAGUUCUGCCGGUGCAGGGUAAUAAAAGCAUGUGAUCGCGGUGUGAGAUUGAACUCAGGUGUUUCUGUGCAGGAGGGAAAGUUGUCCUUGUCCUGGGAGCAGCGUCUCAUCAUCAUCAAGGGCGUGGCCAAGGCGUUCAUCACCUCCACACCGCCCCGUCCUGCUCCGUCAUCUGUGGCAACAUCUCCAGAUGUAACAGUGGCACCUAUGGUACAGCUGUACAGCAAGACCAUCGGACUGUACAACAAGCCCAACACCCUGAUCUGUCACGCGAAAGACUUCUACCCUCCGGAGAUUUCCAUCGAGUUGCUCAAGAACAACGAGGUGAUAUCUGAAGCCAAACAUUCAGAGAUGGCGUUCACAGAUAAGUGGUUGUACCGCGUCACCAGGUUCACGGACUUCACCCCAAAGAGUGGAGACAAAUACAGCUGCAGAGUGACCCACCAGGGACGGGAGAGGACGCACAAAUGGGAACCAGAUGUUUAAACCCAAGGCGGAGCCCAGGUCCAGGUCCAGGCCGAGGUCCAGGUCCAGCUCAGACGACGUCCUCGUCUCUUCUGUGAUCUUCCCUGGAUUUAAUGAACCGUCAACGUGUAAAAACAUUUUAAAACACCCUUUAAUUCAGCUGUGUUUUUUGGCUCCAGUUAGAGUAACUUUUUAAAGUAGAUGCGAACAGAAGGUUGGGGUUUUUAAUUCAAAGUAUUUCAGAUGAUAAAUGUCCUGAAUAAUGAUCACAGCAUUUGAUUCAAUGUACAGUAAGGAAAGCAAGUACUUUGCUGUCCACACUGAAUGCCAAAGAAAUCAAGAAAUAAAAAUAACAGAAUAUACACAGGAAUAAAAUAACAAAAUAUACACAUGAAUCAA